AGCGAGCAGUAGACGAUCCACACGUAAACGGCAACAUGCAACUCGGUCUCUGGUUUGGCAUUUUAGCCAUCGCCGCCGCGCCGCUGGUGAGCGCUAAUUAUGGUCCCGCUGGCGGACAUGGUCAAGGUGGAAACGGACAUGGUCAGUAUCUGUCCAAUUCCAACAACGGACUCGAUGAGUACGUGAACGUGGCGACGGGCGGCAAUCAGCCGUCUGCCAAUCAGAUCGCCUCCCAGGCCGAGAUCCAGCCAUCGCCGGAGGAAGCUAGCCGUCUGGGAAGCGUCCAGGCGCAACUCCAGGCCCUGAAUGCCGAUCCCAACUAUCAGAAGCUGAAGAACUCCGAGGAUAUUGCCGAUUCGCUGGCGGAGACCAAUCUGGCCAGCAACAUUCGUCAGGGCAAGAUCAAGGUGGUGUCGCCGCAGUUCGUGGAUCAGCAUCUGUUCCGCUCCCUGCUGGUGCCGUCGGGUCACAACAACCACCAGGUGAUCGCCACCCAGCCCCUGCCCCCCAUCAUUGUCCACCAGCCGGGUGCACCGCCGGCCUAUGUGAACAGCGGCCCACCGACUGUGGUGCGCGGCAAUCCGGUCAUCUACAAGAUCAAGCCCUCGGUGAUCUAUCAGCAGGAGGUGAUCAACAAGGUGCCCACUCCGCUGAGCCUCAAUCCCGUCUACGUGAAGGUCUACAAGCCGGGCAAGAAGAUCGAGGCCCCACUGUCGCCAGUGGUGGCCCCCGUCUACAGCCAGCCCCAGGGCUAUGGUAGUGCCGGAUCGGCCGCCUCCUCGGCCGGUGCCGCGCCGUCCGCCGAUGGCAAUGGCUACGGCAACGAGGCUCCACUGUACAACAGCCCCGCGCCCUACGGCCAGCCCAACUACUAGAUGGGCUCCUCCCCCUUCUCAUCCUCCUUCUCAGCUGCGACAGCUGGUUUAAUUUAAAUUUCUGUUUUUUUUUUUCUUUGCCGACGACCGCUGAGUGCAAAUAAAAGAUGAAAAAAUUACUUAAAACG